UCAGAUAAGUUUCAUUUCUGAGGAAGAGAAACUCAGAUAGUCGUUGCCACAGAGAGGUGAAAUGGCGCAGAAAGGAAUUCAGCUCAACCGGGAAACCUUCUCCUGUUCGAUCUGUCUGGAUCUACUGAAGGAUCCGGUGACUAUUCUCUGUGGACACAGCUACUGCAUGAACUGUAUUAAAAGCUUCUGGGGUGAAGAGGAUGAGAAGAAAAUCCACAGCUGCCCUCAGUGUAGGCAGACCUUCACACAGAGGCCUGUCCUGGUGAGAAGCACCAUGUUAGCAGAUUUAGUGGAGGAACUGAAGAAGACUGGACUCCAAGCUGCUCCUGCUGAUCUCUGCUCUGCUGGACCUGAAGAUGUGUCCUGUGAUUUCUGCAUUGGGAGAAAACUGAAAGCUAUAAAGUCCUGUCUGGUCUGUCUGGCCUCUUACUGUGAGAAACACCUCCAGCCUCACUUUGACUCACUUACCUUUAAGAAACACAAGCUGGUGGACCCCUCCAAGAAACUCCAGGAGAACAUCUGCUCUCGUCAUGAUGAGGUGAUGAAGAUGUUCUGCCGUACUGAUCAGCAGUGUAUCUGUUAUCUCUGCUCCAUGGAUGAACAUAAAGGCCACGACACAGUCUCAGCUGCAGCAGAAAGGACUGAGAGGCAGAGAGAGCUCGAGGUGAGUCGACAAAACAUCCAGCAGAGAAUCCAGGACAGAGAGAAAGAUGUGAAGGAGCUUCAACAGGAGGUGGAGGCUAUCAAUCGCUCUGCUGAUGAAGCAGUGGAGGACAGUGAGAAGAUCUUCACUGAGCUGAUCCGUCUCAUGGAGGAAAGAAGCUCUGAUGUGAAGCAGCAGGUCAGAUCCCAGCAGGAAACUGAAGUGAGUCGAGUCAAAGAGCUUCAGGAGAAGCUGGAGCAGGAGAUCACUGAGCUGAAGAGGAAAGACGCUGAGAUGAAGAAGCUGUCACACACAGAGGACCACAACCAGUUUCUACACAACUACCCCUCACUGUCAGCACUCAGUGAAUCUACAUCCAGCAUCAAUAUCCGUCCUCUGAGGUACUUUGAGGAUGUGACAGCGGCUGUGUCAGAGCUCAGAGAUAAACUACAGGACGUUCUGAGGGACAAAUGGACAAACGUCUCACUGACAGUGACUAAAGUGGAUGUUUUACUGUCUCAACCAAGCCCAGAACUAGAGCAGGAACCCAUCGUCCAGCCACCCUCUUUGCCUCCGCCAGUCCGAGCUUGGCACUUUGAACCUUAUUAUUCUGAUUUUGAUGACUAAUAACUCAUUUAAUAGACAAUAUAAAUUUUUUUUCUUCUCAUUUUUUGGUAUUGAUUGCAGGUUUCUAUUUCAUUAGUAGUAUAGUUUGUAGUAUUAUUUAGUUAUUAGGUGUGUAUUAAUAGUUAACAAGUAAGAAAAAGUGCAUUUAAAGUGUGAGUAAUGUUAUAUACCUUUUAUUAGGAAUGCGCUUUUAUACAGAAUCUGAUGUUAUAAUGGAUGGUAACGAAUGGGAGAUGUGUCUGCUGCGCGUAUCGUAUCAAUUUAUAUAUUUAAUAAGAUAGGGGAACAAUUAUUUUCUAUUAUAAACAAAGAAUAGAAGAAGUUUGAGUGCAAAUGCUUCUUCUGCCCUGAUUUACGCCCAAAUCUGACAGUUUCUCAGUCAUUCUCAGUCCACCACCACCACCUUUAUUCUAGUGGACAGCUGAUGUCAGACAGACUCUGAAUAUUAAAGUUAAACAUUAACGUCACAGAAAUUAAGAUUAUGAUAGCAUUUGUAAAGGCUUACAUACAAUUCAACUUAAAGCAGAUUUUAUGCUGUUUAUAAUUUGAGAUUAUAUCUGUAUUCUUCCUCCUUUGAAAGGGACUUUAUUUGCUGUUUAUAUGAGUAAUAAUCCAAAGAAUUAACCUGCAGUUUUUCCGACAGUAGGUGUUAAUGAGCAUGUUCAGUAUAAGACGCUAACUUUGUAGUUUGGCAUGUUGUAAUAUGUUUGAAUUGUGAUGAAACUGUUUUAAUUGUACACAUUGGUAGAUGUUUACUUACACUGUUAACAAGUCUGGCUCAUAUAUAAUAGUAUCCGUGCAUUUUACAGUACAAUAAUAACCAAAACAUAUAGAAAUAAGAUGAAUGUAUGUAUUGAAAUGUGUUUAUUUUGGGUUUGAUCGCAGAUACAUGAAAUCAUUGAAUAAGAGUCAUUUAACAGACUUUACUGAUGUUAUAUGUAAACAAGCUUCAGGUUGACUUAAUGAAUAAAAUAAACAUAAACAAA